AUUUAACAGGGGAUUCCCACUAAACCUGAAGCCCUAAAAACUCAACAGAGCUUCUCCCUCAAUAUCCCAAUUCCCAUCGUCUACAGUUCAUCGGAGCAGUGUAUUUUGAGUGCCGCACAAAAUUGAAAAGAUGGGAAGAGAGAUUACCAAUUCCGCGGCGGCGGCGAAUCAGAAGCAGCAGUCGACGACGUCGUACACGGUGGAGCAGCUCGUCGCCGUCAAUCCUUACAACCCAGACAUCCUCCCCGAUCUCGAGAACUACGUCAACGAACAAGUAUCAACACAAACCUACAGUUUGAAUGCAAAUCUUUGCCUCCUGCGUCUCUACCAAGUUGAGCCAGACAGAAUGAGCACUAAGAUUGUGGCUCGAAUUUUGAUCAAGGCUCUGAUGGCAAUACCGGCUCCUGAUUUCAGCCUGUGCCUCUUCCUAAUCCCUGAAAGAGUGCAAAUGGAGGAACAGUUCAAGACUCUCAUUGUUCUCUCGCACUACUUGGAGACUGCCAGAUUCCGUCAGUUUUGGGAUGAAGCUGCUAAGAGCCGUCACAUAUUAGAAGUUGUGCCAGGUUUCGAGCAAGCAAUUCAGGCAUAUGCAGUUCAUGUCCUUUCAUUGACUUACCAAAAAGUUGCAAGGUCUGUUCUUGCUGAGUCCAUAAACAUUGAAGGCCCGGCUUUGGACAAGUUCGUUGAGCACCACGUUGCUAACUCUGGUUGGGCUAUAGAGAAGAGUCAGACCAAGGGUCAACUUAUCAUUCUCCCUCCUACUGAAUUCAACCAUCCUGAGCUUAAGAAAAGUGCAUCUGAUGGCAUUGCUUUUGAGAACAUCACUCGCAUCCUUCCUAUUCUCGGCUGACCUCUACUCGAGAGUUUAAAAUUUUAAAUAUAAAUUAUUCAACAAAUGAUGGAAUUAAAUUUAAUUUUGACAUUUCUUUCGAGUUUUUUUCCCUUCUCAAGAAUGUUGGCGAGCAAAAUUUAGUUUAAUUUAACAUUAACAUCUUGUCUGGUAAAUGCAUGGUAAACCUUUUCAGACUUC